CUAGGCCGGUUCUCGGCAUCCACACGCACUGGUCUCACCCACCUUUACCCUGCCCUUGCCAGGCCUUUCCUGCCAUUACAAGUGACUGGUGACUAUUCACCCCGAUUCUUCCUGCUGCUGGGCAGUCCCUGCUUGUCGUCAGGGCCCAGCUCCAACAUCACCUCCUCUGGGACAUCUUCCCUGGCUGUGCCGCCCCCACCACAGUUAGUUUGCUAAGCUUGGGGGGCUGGAGCCCUCUGGGCAGCACCUUGGGGAUUUGUCCCAGGUUUGUCUGUUCCAUGGUCUGGAACUGGAAAGAGUGACCCACGCUGGCACCCAGCUCUGCCCGUGCUUCUACUGCUGCAGGCUUCUAUGGGCAGCAGCCGCCCUCACAUCAUGCCCCAGGGCAGGGCCCUCCAUGGUUCAGGGGAGUCACACCUAGGCUCCUCCCCUCCCCUACACACUUCCUAGCAGCCAGGCCCUCUGGGUCCUCCAUGUUCAGUGGGGCAGGACUCAGGAGGGCCCAGCGCAGAGGGUUCUCAGGGAGGACUCAGAACGGAGGUGUGAGAGCAUCAUCUGUCCAGGGUCCUCUGGGCAUCCUUGGCUUCUCUUAGUUCACCACCCUGCCCCUACCUGGCCUGUCCCAGAUCCUGCCACUCCCCUCCCCUCUUCCUUCCUACCUACGGUAGCCCCCCAGAGGUCUCCCUAGGCUAUUCUUGUCCUCAAGACCCCAUGUCUUUACCCUCUCUCCCCCAACAGCCAGCCCGCUGUUCCUCUCACACCCCAAGCUCUCCCCCACCUUGACUGGCCUCUUCUGUUCCCCAGCUGAAAUGUCACUCUUCACUCCUCCAAGAGCCUUCCCAGGGAGUCCCCCCCGCCCCCAGAACUUCAGGCAUGUGUAACUGUGAACUUGUCACAUCUCCUUGCUAACAGUUUUCUUGUGGCAACACCAGGAGGGAAGGGACCUGUGUCUGUCCUCUUCUUAGUGUCUUCAGGAUCAAAGUGUGUGCUGAGUAGGUGAAUGCAGUGUGUGUGGCAGAGGGGUGAGCUCCUCCUUGAAUAAGCCACCACAGUGUGAUUUUUGAGCCAGUCGCUAUCUCUUGGGGCCUCCUCCUGCCUCACCCCACCCGUAUCUCCCCAGCUGCAGGGAAUUGAGCAAACAACGCCUUGCCCCCGGAAACCGGGCAGAGGGACUCAGAUGCCCUCCAAGCUCAUUCACACUCUCCCUUGCUGCGUCCUAGGCAUUGCUCUGUCUUCAGCCACCCACGUAGCACCUCCUCCCUACCCCACCCUGCCCAGCCCCUCCGAGGUAGGUGCCUGUGGUGGCGCCGCCAUCAGCUUUCACAGCGGAUCCAACCCUGGGUAGCUCACCAUGGGGACUCUGAAGCCUUGGGCCCGGUUCCCACUCCUGGUGGCAGCCCACCUGCUGGCCCUGGGGAUCGGGGCUGCUGUGCUUCAGGCCCUGGAGGGGCCUCCAGCGCUCCAGCUCCAGGCCAAGCUCAGGGCAGAGCUGGCUGCUUUCCAGGCGGAGUAUGGGGCCUGCCUGCCACCGGGGGCGCUGGAGGAGCUGCUGGGCACUGCCCUGGAAGCCCAGGUACACGGGGUCUCCAGCCUGGGCAAUGGCUCAGAGGCCAGGACCUGGGAUCUGCCCUCAGCUCUGCUCUUCACUGCCAGCAUCCUCACUACCACGGGUUAUGGCAACAUGGCCCCACUCUCAGCAGGUGGAAAGGCUUUCUGUGUGGUCUACGCAACCCUCGGGCUGCCAGCCUCCCUAGCACUCCUGGCCGCUCUGCGCUGCUGCCUGCUGCCCCUGCUAAGCCAUCCUGGGGCCUGGGUGGCCAUCCACUGGCAGCUGGCCCCAGAGAUGGCUGCACUGCUGUGUGCAGCUGGAUUGGGCCUGCUGGUGGCUGGGACCUUCGUGCUGCUUCCGGCACUGGUGCUGUGGGGGUUGCAGGGUGAGUGCGACCUGCUGGAGGCCAUCUACUUCUGCUUCAGCUCACUCAGCACCAUCGGCCUGGGGGACCUGUUGCCAGGUGGUAGCCGUGGCCUUCAUCCAGUACUUUACCACCUUGGCCAGCUUGCACUUCUUGGUUACUUGCUCCUUGGGCUCCUGGCCAUGCUGCUGACUGUGGAGACCUUCUCAGAGCUGCCACAGGUCCGUGCCAUGGUGAAGUUCUUUGGGUCCAGUGGCCUGCUGACUGCUGAAGACCAAGGUGGCAUCCUAGGCCAGGAUGAACUGGCUCUGAGCACCCUGCCACCCUCAGCAGCAGCCCCAGAACAGGCCGCAACCUGCUGACGGGUGUCAGGUGAUGGAGUGGAGCUCCUCUCAAGUGGACAAGCCCCACAACGAAGCCUCCAGAGAUGGGAGGGGGGAUUGUAAGGACCUCAGAUAAUAAUGUGUUUUAAAAAGGGGGUGGUGUAAGAAC